CUUUCAAAGCUGUGCACAUCUCGGUGCUUUUUAAAAAGUCGCUGUCUGGAUAUUACUUUGUAUGCUAGAUCACCCUCCUUCUAGCCAAGACAGGAAAUGCAUGCAUCGAGGAAAAAAGACAUGGUUAUACGUUUUCUGACAUGCUACUAAUCUCUGCUUUCUGCUGUUAUUUUUCAGGCUGCGUUGGUGUUUACCUUCACUGAAAGAAGUCAUUUCUGCCUCUGCAGCAGCUGCUAAGAUGAAUAACUCCAUAACAAGAUUCUUAUUUUUCUUCAACACAUGUUCACUCCAUUUCAAGUGUUUCAGCAGAUCUCAUAUAUCACAAGGAAAAUCAGGCUGGACACAUUUAUUUGUAACAUCUUUUCAGGUUCUUUCCAUGCAUCACAGGGUGUUCUAUCACUUAUCUCCGUGUGUGUUGCCACUGGACAUGUUGCUGCAAUGUCAUGGUCCAUUUUCACCUCUGUCCUAAUGAUGCCUUCCUCUAUGUCUACACGUGUAGUGAUGCUGAGGACUGGUUCUGUGAGUGCCCCCCGCUCUACACAGGCCGACUGUGCCAGUUCAACGCUUGCGAGCGCAACCCCUGCGGUCACGGAGCAACAUGCAUCCCAAAGUCUCCGUUGGAGGCCGUGUGUCUCUGCCCGUACGGAAGACAAGGUCUACUGUGUGAUGAACCCAUCAAUAUUACCCGUGCCAGAUUCAGUGGAAGUGAUGAGUUUGGUUACACUUCUUUCGUGGCUUAUUCCUCCAUCCCGAGUCUGAGUUUCUUCUACGAGUUCAAGCUGAAGUUCACACUGGCCAAUAAUUCAUCUUCUGUGAAAGAUAACCUGAUGCUGUUCGCUGGGCAUAAAGGACAAGGCGAUGAUGGUGAUGACUUCCUUGUUUUGGGACUGCGGAAUGGCCGAGUGGUGCAUAGAUUCAACCUUGGAUCGGGCGUGGCAGUCAUAUUCAGUGAACGACUGAACCUGCAGUCCAACAUUCACACCGUUACGCUCGGAAGGUCAAAGAGAACCGGAUGGCUGAAGGUUGACGGGCAACGUAACAGAACAGGAUCUUCUCCAGGCCCCCUGCUGGGCCUCAAUGUUUUCAACCAGCUCUUUGUGGGUGGAUAUAAUGAGUACACCCCUGAACUCCUACCACUUGGAUCCAGGUUCCGUAAUGGCUUUCAGGGGUGCAUUUUUGAUGUGCAGUUUCGCACAAGAAGAGACAGAAAGUUCCAAGUGCUGGGCCAGCCUGCGGGACAUCCAGCCUUCGGGCGCAGCGUGGGUCAGUGUGGAGUCACCCCGUGUGUUCAUGUUCACUGCAGACAUGGGGGGACAUGCGUGGACUCUGGCUCAUCUGUGUAUUGCCAGUGCCCAUUUGGAUGGAAGGGAGCACUCUGUUCUGAGACGGUGUCUGUGUGUGAUGUGGAGCACACCCCCCCUCCUCUGUGCGCCCAUGGCUCCACCUGCAUCCCCCUGCCCAAUGGAUAUACCUGCCAGUGCCCCCUCGGGACCGCAGGGCUCUACUGCGAGAAAGCUGUGACCAUCAGUGAUCCGUUCUUCAGCGGUAACCAGUCUUCAUGGAUGUCAUUCCCACCUAUGAGCAUUAGACACAGGACUGUUCUGCAGCUGCAGUUCCAGCCUUUAUCACCUGAUGGCAUCCUUGUCUACACUGCACAGCACCUCAGUGCCAGAUCUGGAGACUUCUUGUGCCUCUCCUUGACAUCGGGCUUUGUCCAGCUGCGGUACAAUCUGGGGGAUGGCCCCCACAUCCUGCAGUCUGUUGAGCGAGUGGACUCACGUGGGAGGACCUGGCACUCGGUGACGGCUGGCCGGGUCGAUCACCAAGGCUUCCUCAGUCUGGACAACAAGGAGACUAGAGAGAAUGUGACUGGGGGGAUGGCCACUCUCGAUGUGGCUACUGACAUCUUCAUCGGGGGCGUGUCAACCUUAAGCUUCGUCUCCACAGAUGCAACAGAAAAGGAGCCGGUGGGCUUCACUGGGGGUUUAAGAGAACUCAUACUGAACGGGGAAGAGUUGGAGUUAACAGAGAUGGGGGCUAUAAGUGGAGCAAAUGUGGGGGACUGGGAUGGGACCGCCUGUGGGCAUAAGGUGUGCAAAAACAGAGGACACUGCAGGUCAACAGGAAGUGACUCAUUUAUGUGUGUGUGUCCACCAUCUUGGACUGGCUCUGUGUGUAACCAGUCUGUAAGCUGUUUAAACCACGUCUGCAAACAGGGUUCCUUAUGUGCCCCAUCUGGUCUCCCCUCAUACCGCUGCAUAUGCCCUUUGGGACUGGGUGGGAAGUACUGCGACUCAGAAAUAGCCAUGGACACUCUCAAGUUUGUGGGAAGCUCAUAUGUUAAAUACCAGGACCCGAGAUACAACACGAGGAAUUUUAAAUACACACAGGUUUCUUUCAGCUUUAAAACCAGCUCGAAUAACAGUUUGGUAAUGUGGAUGGGGAAGGCUGAACAUGAAGAUGACGACUACCUCGCAGUGGGACUUGAAAACGGACACCUCAAAGUUGCUGUAAAUCUUGGGGAGAGGCUUUCCCUGCCAAUAACUUUCAGAAAUGUCACACUGUGCUGCAGCACGUGGCACAAUGUGUCUAUAUCUUUAAACAGUACAAUUAUCCAGGUGGUGGUGGACAACGAGAGCGUCCUCCAAGAUUUAGAUCCAUUUGAGCGUUACGUGGCUUUAAACUACGGAGGUCAGCUUUACUUUGGGGGGUUUGAAGUGUACAGAAAUGUAUCUAUUGUUACUUCUGGGUUGUUUUCAAAAGGCUUUGAAGGAAAUCUAAGAAAUGUUUUUUUGUUUAAAGAUACCAAGCCACUGCAGUUUCUCAGGAAUAGUGAGGGAUUCGAUGUUUACGAGGGCAAUGAAUAGUAGUGACAUUUUGUGAUGGUAUCUGAGGAGAUUUUUGUAGAGUCCUUAGGUUCAAAAUGUUUUGGAAAGGUUAUCACUUAAAGGUGGGGUAGGUAAGCUUGAGAAACCGGCUCGAGAUACA